UGUAAGGUGACUUCCUUUCUAUCCUUCUGUCAAACGUUCACUUGAAAGGAUCGUUCUGUCACUCUCUCUGCCUCCUCAGCGCAAAAGAUGAGCAAGCCCAAAGUUCUCGUUACGAGGCCCGAUGUGCCCGUCGAAGGAGUCAAUUUGCUUAAGGAAAAAUGCGAGGUGGAGAUUUACGACCAAGAAAAGCCCAUCGAGAGGGACGCCCUCCUCAAGAUGAUAAAAGGGAAGGACGCUCUCUUAUGCCUCUUGACAGAUCCCAUUGACAAGGAGGUGAUUGAAACAGCUGGUCCUCAACUAAAGGCUAUUGCCACCAUGUCCGUUGGAUAUGACCAUAUUGAUACUAAAGUAUGCAAAGAAAAAAACAUUCCUGUCAGCAAUACACCUGACGUAUCUACAGACUCUGUUGCUGAAAUGACCGUUACUCUUUUGCUAGCUGCUGGAAGAAGGCUUAUAGAUGCUUCAAAAGCUAUUAAAAAUGGUGAAUGGGUCUAUGCCUGGAGUCCUCUCUGGCUCUGCGGUCAAGGGUUGACCAAUGCCACUGUUGGAAUUGUUGGUAUGGGAAGGAUAGGUCAAGGUGUAAUGAAACGAAUCCUGCCUUUCGGGGUUGCAAAAGUGCUGUACUUUGACGUAUUCCAUCCUAUCAAACCAGCUGAGGACAUGGGUGCUCAGUACGUUGAAUUUGAAGAACUUGUGAAACAGAGCGACUUCAUCGUCGCCAUGUGCAACUUGUCUGAGCAAACACGAAACCUUUUCAACAAGAAAGCUUUCGAUUUGAUGAAACCCACCGCAGUAUUCGUUAAUACCAGCAGGGGCGGCGUCGUGAACCAAGAAGAUUUGUAUGACGCCCUGAAGAACAAGAAAAUCCGCGCUGCCGGUUUAGACGUCAUGGUCCCAGAGCCCUUGCCUAAGGAUCAUCCUCUCACUACUCUUGAGAAUAUCAUUUUGACACCACACGUUGGCAGCGCUGAGGUCUCUGUUCGUGUUCAAAUGGCUAAGUUGGCUGCUCAGAAUAUUCUGGCCGUUCUGGAUGGCAAACCCAUGGUCAGCCCCGUUCCUCUGGGAUAAAUUGCUCAGUUAUGUACUUUUCCAGACUCUAUGACUGUAGGUCCGCUUUCCUCUGUGCUUUCUGUCGGUUCACAACAUAAUUGACGCCUGCUGUAUCGGAAAAAUGUCCGCCCAGACUGUAUUUCUUGGAAGAGCUUUGAGUGCAUUUCAACAGUGAAAUAUGCCCCAUUUUGUGAAUUAUUAAAUAUAAAUUUUAAGCGAACAGCUUCUAUUAGCGUAUUUUGGUAAUUAAGUUUUUAAAUGCUUGCAUUUUCUGCAUGCAACUAAGGAUUUUCGAAGUUGGUGCUAAUAUUUCGAUCAAAAGGGCUUAUAAUUGUUUAAAAAUGAUCAUCAAAUGUUUUUGAAUUUAAUUUAAAUAAAAAGGCAUUAUGGUUAGUGUAUUUAAAGCACUAUUAAGCGAUCUAGACAAAUGCUGAAAGUAUAUAUUAUAAAGAAAAAAUUGUGUUAAAAUUAAAUUGAUAAAUGUUCUAUAACCACACGAUGAUUGGAUAAUUUAUUUUCUAACUGCACGCGUCAAUUAGCAGUAACUUUUUUUUGUCGUGCUAUAGAGUAGCUUCACUUCAUUUCUUCAUCUGUGAAAUGUAUUUCCUUCUCGUCAAAUUUUCGUAUUCCUAUUUGUGAUAAUCUUUACUUCUAGUCGAUUUUCGAAUAAUCUUCACAUCCACUGGAUUUCUGUUUAGAAAAUCUAUUAACUAUCCAGGUGCAAAGUAAAUAAACUCCUUAUGCAAAGUAAAUGUUUGUGAUAGGUUUACAUAUGAAUGUUACGAAGUGUUUAAAAUCUUAUAUCUAUUUUCCAACCUUUUCCAAGCCUUGCCACUAAGUAAUAUCUCCUUGGUGUUAUUUUUAUAAACUCUUAACGAACAUAAAUUGUACAUAUACAUAUGAAAUAUUUUUUAUUUUAAAUAUCUCUCAAAUAAUCGUCAUCCAUAACUUUCUGCGGCAUUUAGAUUACAUUAGUGAAUGGUGCUAUACGAAAACAGACACUUUUCUCAUAGGAAUACAAAUACCCUCUAAAACUAUAUUUUCUGUGCUUUUACUUUUAUGUACUACUUAUUAAACAGAAAUUUAUUAGUUAAAAAUGUUUUAAUUUUGGAACUUUUAUUUACAAUUAUUUUAUGUCAAUUGUGAUUUUAUGUUGUUUAAGUGGUUUCAUGUCCAUAGGAAUGUUGCGUUAAAUGAAUUAUGCAUUUAAAAACUCGAGAGCCUAUAUUAAAUUGUCAUAUGCCUACGCCUUUUGUAUGUUUGCUUGAUGCAGGCUUUUGUAUCUGCGUGAUCGUGAUCAGUGUAUACUCAUUGGAAAAAUAAAUCUAUUCCUUUCCUA